AUGUCAACAACUGCGUAUAUUUGGUUAUCACCCGAUAGACAGGGUGAAUUCGAUGUGGAAAUUGGUGCUCGUGUCAUUGAUGUCAAUCAAAAUCAAUUGAAAGUAGUCGAUGAUAAUGGCAAAGAACGAACUCUUGUCAAUAAUCCAGCGAAUUUCAAAAAGAUGCACGCUACUUCCUUUACGGACAUUCCCGAUAUGAUUCAUCUAGGUGAUUUGACUGAAGGAGCUAUAUGUCGUAACAUUCUAUUGCGUUACAAUAAGGAUAAAAUUUAUACGUAUAUUGGAUCGAUUUUAAUCGCGGUGAAUCCAUAUACACAAUUGGAUUUGUACAAUCAACAGUAUUUACGUUCGUAUCGAAAUCGAAAGUUUGGUGAAUUAGAACCGCAUACUUUUGCGAUCGGUGAUAAUGCUUAUCAAAAUAUGCUCCGUGAACGAACAGAUCCGAAUGCAAAAGUUAAUCAAUGUAUUAUUAUUAGUGGAGAAUCGGGUGCUGGAAAGACAGAAUCAACAAAACAUAUUCUUCAAUGUUUAGUGGCUAAAAGUGGAACAAAGAAGAAUUCCAAUAUUGAACAACAAAUUCUCGAAGCAAAUCCAAUUAUGGAAGCAUUUGGAAAUGCAAAAACAAUUCGAAAUGAUAACAGUAGUCGAUUUGGAAAAUAUAUAACAGUGAAUUUUGAUAGUACUGGUGUGAUUGCGAAUGCUUAUGUCGAUCAAUAUUUAUUAGAGAAAAUUCGUAUAGUGUCACAAACGAAAGAAGAACGAAAUUAUCAUAUAUUCUAUUGUAUAUUAGCUGGUUUGGGCAAUGAAGAACGGAAUAAGUUGAAAUUAACCAAAGCAACUGAUUAUACAUAUUUAAACAAAAGCACACCGACAUGUGAUACACGUAAUGAUGCAGAAGAAUGGAAAGCUAUUCGACAUGCAUGCAAAGUUUUGAUGUUUACCGACGAUGAACUCUUCGAAAUCUUACGAAUUUUAGCAGUCGUGUUACAUCUUGGAAACAUUCAAUAUGUUGCACAAAGCGCAAACGGAAUGGAUAGUGUGGCCAUCAAAGAUUCUGAAUUGAUAGAAUUUAUUGCGUCAUUAUUAGGAGUGGAUGCAAAGCGAUUGUCAACUGCAUUGAUAACGCAAACACUUGAAGUUCAAGAAGGCAAAGUCGCAAGAGCUUUGAAUACAUCAUCUGCUGUUGAUGUUCGAGAUGCAUUUGUCAAAGGCUUAUAUGGUCAAUUGUUCGAAUGGUUAAUCGAACGACUUAACAUUGCAAUGAAUAAUAAAAGCAAUGCGAAUCGUCAAAAUCCAUCGGAUGGCAAGUUUCGAUCCGUCAGUGUUCUCGAUAUAUUUGGCUUCGAGAAAUUCGAACAAAACAGUUUCGAACAAUUGUGUAUCAAUUGUACAAAUGAAGAAUUGCAACAGUUUUUCGUUCAUCAUGUCUUCAAACUUGAACAAGCUGAAUACGAGAAAGAAGGUGUCAACUGGAAGGAAAUCACAUUUAUUGACAAUCAGGAUAUUAUUGAUCUGUUAACACAUGGUCAAAUGAGUAUUAUCUCUAUGAUUGACGAAGAAAUGAUUGUGCCACAAGGUACCGAUCAAACUCUAUAUGUUAAACUUCAACAACAACAUGGAAACAAUAAACAUUUCAUUAGCGAAUCAUCACGACAGUCACUUCUGUUCGGUGUGAAACAUCUUGCCGGUCCUGUUUCAUACGAUUGUCUUAAUUUUCUUGAGAAAAAUCGAGAUACAUUCAGUAAUGAUUUGAAGCAUGUCUUGGCGAAAAGCAAUAAUCGUUUGAUCAAAGCGAUAUUUCCGAUUGAAUCGUUGAAUCUGGAUGAUAAAAAACGCAAACCAUCAUUAGUAGCACAAUUUCGUAAAUCUGUCGAAGUUCUUCUCAGUGCUCUUCGACAAUGUGAACCAUUCUUCAUUCGUUGUAUUAAACCAAAUGAAUUCAAAGCUACCCACAAUUUCGAUCGAGAACGUGUCGUUCAACAACUUCGGUAUUCCGGUAUGAUGGAGACAAUCAACAUCCGUCGAAUCGGUUAUCCUAUCCGUCAUGAUUUCAAUGAAUUUGUGCAUCGUUAUGCUUCAAUCGCACCAUCUCUCGGACUUGGUCAAGAUUAUCAAAUUGGAAAGAAUAAAGUCUUUUUGAAAGAUGAACAUGAUGCGAUGUUAGAACAAGCAAGACAAAAAGUACUUGCUGAUAGUAUUUUAGUAUUGCAAAAGGCCGUGCGUCGAUAUUAUGCACAACGACAAUUUGAACGAGCAAAGAAACUCGCCAAAUGGCUACAACAAUCCUGGCUAUGUUACGCUGAACGACGUGCCUAUUGUGAAAUGCGUUUGGGUUUUCGACGUUUGCAAGUAUUAUAUGUGACACAACAUAUUGAUGAAAAUCAAAAACCAUACAUCGAAACAGUUCCUCCUAUUCAAACGUUGGCAAAAGAUUAUGUAGCACGAAAAAAUACGAAGCUUCGACCAAAAGCUUUCAGUAUUCUACAAGAAAGAGUCGUACAAACUUGGCGUGAUGUUCGACAUAAACAGCCACGUGUUGACAUUGCCAAUGCUCAUGAUAAACGAGCAGGCACAUCACGACGUUAUGGACGCGAUGCGGAUGAUGUUGAAGAUGGUGCAGCAGGAACACAACGUGCAUUAGAACCAAAGCCUGAUCCGUUUAAGAGUGAUGUUUCAAGAAAUUCUUUUGAAGAAUUCGCUGCCAAGUAUUUUCAACAUGGUUAUGACGCGAAGCAUACAAGAACUGAAAUUAUUCGACCACUUCUUGAUCUCAAAUCAGGUGUUGAUCAAAAAGCAGCUGUGGCUACAUUUCAGAUGAUCAUGAAGUUUAUGGAUGAUAAAGAAGAUAUCACGUCACCAACACCGACAAGUUCGAAAAAUGACGAGGAAAAUCAACGUUUAGAAUCACAAGACGAUAUCAUUGUACCUGAACUUUAUUCAUUAAUUGCUCAACAGCACCAAAUGAAAGUUGAAAAAGAGGAUGACCCGUACGAAAGGAAGAACAGCAAAGAUAAUGGUGCAUUCAACAAAAAAUUAGCUUACUUGGAAGAACGAUUAAAAAAAGAAAAUCCGUUUAUCGAAGAUCGACAUUUAACACCCUUAGAAAAGAUACAAAUGAUUACCAUGUUAGGCAUUGUCCGACCUCGACUAAGAGAUGAAAUUCUUUGUCAGAUCUGUAAGCAAUUGAAUGAUCAUCCAGCUCCACGAAAAAAACCAAGUGGGAAUGCAGAAAAAGCUGAACAACGUGAAAGUUCAUUGAAGCGAGGAUGGUUUCUUCUAUGUAUAUGUUUAUACACAUUCCCACCUAGUUCGAUUUUAGUUCGAUUUCUUCGAAAUUUUAUCCAAAAUAGUCCAUCUAACGUCUCGAAGGUUGCCGAGUUUGCUUUGGAACGAUCAUAUAAAAACGGCAGCCGAUAUGAACCGUUGAGUAUGGAAGAAAUCGAUGCAAUUCAACAAGGAUCAUCCAUACAAAUUAGUGCACAGAUCAUUUUUGGCGAAGAACAAAGAUAUGUUCGUUGCGAUCCGGCGACGACAGCCGAAGAGGUUUGUUUAGAACUCGCUCGACAUUUGAAUAUCAAAUCAACAUUUGGAUGGUCACUAUUUGCUAAAUCACUUUGGACAUUUUCGGGAUGUUCUCUUGGAUUAAAUAAUGAUCAUAUAUUCGACACAUCAUCUCGAUUGAAAAUGGAACAAUUGCGUAAGGGUGGAGAUCCACGAGAUAUCGAAGUUAGAUAUAUCUUUUGUAAACAACUGUUUGCUCCAUGGGAAAAUCUCGAUGAAGAUCCAAUCGCUAUAGAUUUGAUCUAUGACCAAAUUAUCAACGGUAUUCGUUUGAAUACUUAUGUUUAUGGUGAUAAUUACGACCCAGUCGAAUUUAUUUUACUUGCUGUUCAACAUUAUUAUAUAACGUAUGGAAAAGAUGUUGAACCGGAGAAAAUGAAACGGCUCAUUCUGGACAUAAUGCCAACAUCGCCAGGAAAUCUAUUGAAUAAUGAUGGUAAGGAAAGUACAAGUGAAAAAGAAAUCGAAGCAUCCGUUCAAGUUGCUAUCCAGCAAGAUGUUGACUUCAAACGUGUUGUCAAACGUUUGAAACAAAAAUACAAAAGUCGUGAUCAAAUCAAACGUGAAAUUAAAAAAGAUGUUAUUGUUUAUGCACAAGAAAGAUGGCCAGUGACCUUCUCUCGUGUUUUUGAAAUUUAUAUGCUUUCCGGAUCGUUGAUUGGUGAAAUUCCCAUCGCGAGUAUUUCCAUUGGAAAAGAUAAGAUUCGUCUUUUUAUCGAUGAUAAGUUGAUAUUACUUGGUGAAGUUAAUUAUUCUGAAAUAACUGAAAUUAUUUGUGAUCAUGAUCCUGUUCUGAAUUAUUAUCAUUAUACUCUGCAAACAGUGUAUGGUGAUUAUACUUUUACAUUACCAAUGAGUGCAGAUCUCGGAAUUUUGAUCAAUCAGAUUCAUAAGAACCUGAAGGAUCGCUCGAAAUUAGCUAUUGCUCAAAACGAUUAUAAACCAGCGAAACGUGGCGCAGGCAAACUAGAAUUACUCCGUGGUGACAUCAUUGUUCUCGACGAAGAAAGUAAGAAAAAUAUAGAAUCAGGUAUGAUGACUGGUAUAAACGAUCGAACAAAUCAGGAAGGUGAAUUUCCUGCCGAUGUUGUCUAUACUAUUCCAUGUACAAGCAAACCCGACUCGAAAAUUUUACAUGGACUUGUUUUACAUGUUAUGAACCGUGCUGUAAACUUGAAUCAAGAAUAUGAACCACAAACGCACUUUAACCUACAUACGCUACAAGCGUAUGCAGAGAAAUACUUUCGGUCGAAGAAAAUCACUGCAUGGCAAUAUGAAUCAAAAGAAAUCAAGGGACCAUUAUUGCAGCGUUUUGAUGGCGAGACUGCAUUGUCACAUCAAGCUGUGCAGAUGUUUCGUGCUGUUAUGGCGUAUGCAAACAUGUCUCCGCAAGAUCGAAAGACGAUUCAACAGAGUCAUUUGGAUAGUAUAUUUGAUUAUGUAUUUGAAAAAAAUAAAGUAUUGAAAGAAGAAUUGUACUGUCAAUUGAUUAAACAAUUAACAUUCUGUCAAGACAUGAGAAUUGAAGCACGUAUCUGGGAAUUGUUAUGGCUUUUGACAGGUGUUCUCGUACCGGGCAAAGUUCUUUUCCAUCAUGUGGCACUAUUUCUUCGUUCAAGUUCGAAUCCCACGGCAUCGGAGUGUUAUAAUCGUAUUCAGAAGAUUCAAAAACAAGGUGAACGUGAACGUGGUCCGCAUAUCAUUGAAUGUAAUGCAAAUAUCAAUCGGGUGCAAAUUCGACAAUAUGUUCAUUUUCCUAAUGGUUACGAACAAGAUUUUGUUGUUGACUCAACGACAAAAGCCAGCGAAUUAGUUGCGGAUAUCUGUCGAGAACUCAAAUUUCUGUCGAACUCAGUCAUGGGACUUUCAUUGUAUCUAGAAACGAACAAAAAAGAAAUCAGCAUACCGAAUAAUAAGUACUUCUUCGAUUUUCUCACUCAACUUCGUGGACAUGAUAAGGAGGAACUGCAUUAUAAGAUACAUUUUCGUCGAAAACUUUGGAUUGAUAUCAUACCGGGUGAAGAUAAACAAGCGGAUGCAUUCAUUCAUUUCUAUCAAGAAAGAGACAAUUACUUAUUGGGCUUACAUAAACUAGAAGUCGAUGAAGCGGCUAAUUUAGCUGCUCUAUUGGGUAGAGCUGAUCGUGCUGGUAAAGGCGCUCCUGAAGCAAAUUUGACACAGUUUGUUCCGGGAUAUUUGAUCAAAUCGAUUUCACAAUCUGAAUGGUCCAAGAAAAUCUAUACUGCUGCAUCGAGUAACCUUCGAGAAGUUAAUGACGAUGAAGCCAAGAUUCGCUUUUUGAAACAUGUUGACAGCUGGCCAACUUACGGAACAGCAAUGUUUCCAAUCAAAAAUGAAACCGAAGCCGAAUUUCCUGAAGAUAUCUAUAUCUGUAUCAAUCAAAACGGUGUUAGCAUUUUAGACGCUGUUACAAAGGAAUUUGUGGCGAUAUAUCCGUAUUACAACUUGAAUUUCAAUUCUAAUGCGAUUUCGUUGUUUCUCGAAGUGCGUAUGGGACAUUCGUCGAAGAAAUUCACAUUCGAUACCGAAAUUGGCGAUCUCAUUGGUGACUUAAUUGAUAACUACAUGAAAGUAGCUGAUAACGAAGACAAACACGAUGAUAAACAAUAA